CACGGAUCCGUCGAAACAAACAGGGAUGCAGCGAGACAAAACCGGAAACGCCGCCGGGGCUGAAAAGUAUGAAUAUAUUCAUAUCUAAUAUCCAUUGUGUGAUUUCACGUUGUUUAGAAGAUAUAUUAGUUAAUUCUGCAUGAUUUGGUGUACUUAUAUUAUAGUUAAAUUAUGUAAUUCUGGCGAAACCUUUCGCUAACGUGACCCUUUACUUUUCUCAGGCCUGACCGGGAGGCCGCCAUUAUGUCCAAAUACUACGACGGAGUCGAAUUCCCUUUCUGUGAUGAAUUUUCUAAAUAUGAAAAACUUGCCAAGAUCGGCCAAGGGACCUUUGGGUAAGAUUUCUAGUAGUUAUUUAGUUAAAAGGUGCCGACAGCAACAUGACUAACGUUAAGGAUCUGUUGUUAAGUUCGCUUCAGCCCGACGGCUAGCUAGCCACAGUAGCUUGCAAUCUUGAAAGACACCCAAUAUAUCCAGUUAGUUGGCAUGCAAUCUAAAAUGCAUUUGUGGACACCUGCAUGUGCUGUUUUAUCCACGCCUGUGUGUUGAUAGUGACGUCAGGUUCUGACAAGUUCUGAGUUCAUACCCUGAAUAAACAUAGCUACGGUAGCUAGCUAGUGUCAGUAGAACACUAACAUAUUUGAUAUUCUUGUCAUUGUCAUACGUUCUACAUUUUCAUCUUACCGUACUUUACCUUUCCAGGGAGGUGUUCAAAGCCAAGCACAGACAGACUGGGAAGAAGGUAGCACUGAAGAAAGUGUUGAUGGAGAAUGAGAAAGAAGGGGUAAGAGGGACAACAAAGCCACAUCUCUAACUAAAUGCCCUGCAUGAGAUGAAUAUCAACAUUCCAACUUUAUACACACAGGAGAUGCUUGAUGUUAGAGGCCUCCUACAGGCCUCCUGUAGCUCAGUUGGUAGAGCAUGGCGCUUGCAACGCCAGGGUUGUGGGUUCGAUUCCCACAGGGGGCCAGUAUGAAAAAUGUAUGCACUCACUAACUGUAAGUCGCUCUGGAUAAGGGCGUCUGCUAAAUUACUAAAAUGUAAAUGUAUACUUUUUAUUGGGUAGGCUAGUGGUUGACAAUGGCACACUAAACAUACAUGGCAGUAGACAAUGGCACACUAUAAACAUACAUGGAUGCUAAUAGUCAUCUUCUUUGUCACAGUUCCCCAUCACUGCUUUGAGAGAGAUCAAGAUUCUGCAGCUCUUGAAACACGAGAAUGUUGUCAACCUCAUAGAGAUCUGUCGAACCAAAGGUGAGUGUCGGUCAUGCUACUUGCGUAGAUGCCUUUUUAAAAAAUUUCACUGUCAAAUAUGGGCCUUGGUGUGCAUUCCCAGUAGCAACCUACAGCUUGCACGGGGCCUUCCAUAUUGUUUCUUUGUGAAGUCACUAGGCAGUUACGGAGUAUUGGAUUACCAAUCCAGACUAGUGUGUGGAGCAGUGGUUGCGUGUGUGAAUACGAUAUAUUGUGUCUGUAUAAUUACUCUUCUCGUCAACACACAGCCACCCAGUUUAACCGCUACAAAGGAAGCAUCUACCUGGUGUUUGACUUCUGUGAGCACGACCUGGCAGGGUUGCUAAGCAACGCCAAUGUGAAAUUCACCCUGGCCGAGAUCAAGAAGGUGAUGCAGAUGCUGCUGAAUGGACUCUACUAUAUCCACAGAAACAAGGUGAGGCUACUGUCCAUUUAUGACAGACUCCCAUCCAUAGUCACUGUAACCUAGAAAGGGAAAGAACCGAAUGAUCAGAGCCAGCACAGUAGGGUUUGGGUCGACACCAUAGUGUGAAAAGGGUAAAUGAUCAAGUUUUUAUAGACUUCAUUUAAUUCCUAUUGUACUACAACAUCUGUAUCAUCAUUACGGGUCAAAUGCACUGCAUGUUGAAUUCAGCCGUGUAACGUUGUGCCUCUCGCUGGCCACCUUCCUCCUCUUAGAUCUUACACAGAGACAUGAAGGCGGCUAACGUGCUCAUCACCCGAGACGGCGUGCUGAAGCUGGCUGACUUUGGGCUGGCGCGAGCCUUCAGCCUGGCCAAGAACAGCCAGGGCAACCGCUACACCAACCGUGUGGUCACACUCUGGUACAGGCCCCCAGAGCUGCUGCUAGGUAAGGAACCCAUCUGGCUGGAGCAUAGUGCAGGGUUCAUGCCCAGGGAUAGGCUACUGAAAUCCCUAGACCUCUCCUCCAGUUUCCCAAACCUCUCCUCCAGUACCCCCAGCCAGUCCACUUGUGUGACAUAUUCGAGUACUAACACAGCUGAUUUAACUAAUGAAGGGCUUGAUAAUUAGGUGACCAUUUGAAUCAGCUUUGCUACUUCUGGAAGUAAGUGGGGGUAGUCGAGGAGAGGUUUGGGCAAAUGUUAUUUUUUCCGAAGAUGGCAUUUCUAUAAAAGCUGUAUGUAACGGACUCUAUAUAAAUACAUAAAAUCCCAGGCUAUUUAUACAGUUACAAGAUAUUGAGAUGCCGAGCUUGCUUGUAGCAAUAUGUGUAAUUUAAUGGCAUGUAAACCGAGAGCUACAUUGUUUUGUCAGGUGAGAGAGAUUACGGGCCUCCCAUUGACCUGUGGGGUGCGGGCUGCAUCAUGGCGGAGAUGUGGACACGCAGUCCCAUCAUGCAAGGCAACACAGAGCAGCACCAGCUCACACUCAUCAGUCAGCUGUGUGGCUCUAUCACGGCAGAGGUAUGCACACAAACCACACUCAAACACACACACGGAUGCAUGCACACACACAAACCAUAUCAGGGUCCCCAAUUACAUUCAGCCAUGGGCCAGUUUUUCCUUGAGCGGAUGGUCGGGGUGGCCGGAACAUUAUAAAUAAUUUGUAUACUGCAAAUUGAGCUCAAGAAUCCCAAACGGAUAGUAUUUGACAAAAACAGAAUCAUUUCCAACCUUGAUUACAUUGGGAUAUGUUCCUCUAUUUAUGCGUGGGAAUACCUGAACAGAUUUCCUAAAUAAAAAUAACUUGGAGCUGAUUUCUUUGUGAUUUUACAUUCUUAUGUCCAACGAAAAGAAUAGACACACCUCUGUGUAACCACCAGUUUAACACAAACAAAUUCUCAUUCACCAUUCAAUUCCUAACCUGGACUCUUCCCCCAUCAGGUAUGGCCAGGCGUGGACAAGAAGUACGAGCUUUACCAGAAGAUGGAGCUCCCUAAGGGCCAGAAGAGGAAGGUGAAGGACCGCCUUAAGGCCUACGUCAAGGACCCAUACGCCCUGGACCUGAUUGACAAGCUCCUAGUCUUAGACCCGGCGCAGAGGACGGACAGUGACGACGCUUUGAACCACGACUUCUUCUGGUCGGACCCCAUGCCCUCGGACCUGAAGAACAUGCUCUCCACGCACAACACGUCCAUGUUUGAGUACCUGGCCCCGCCCCGCCGGAGAGGUCACAUGCCCCAGCAGCCGGCCAAUCAGAACAGGAACCCGGCCACAACGAGUCAGACUGAGUUUGACCGGGUGUUUUGAUUGGACGACAGAGUUGGAGGAGGGCGAGUGGCAGACUGUUGCAAGGCAGAAAGUGGCCAGCCCCAGUUGGCGUAAGACUGAUUUUAGGGAACUGUAGCAUUCUCUCCAAGUGGAGGCUAUUGCGGGGGCAACACGAGGGAAAUGUGGAUGUUUCUUCAAUCAGUAUUGUUCUCCUGUUCAUGUUCUAUCACAUUAGUCUAUCCUCUGCCUCGGACAUUUGAUAAAGCGUUGAGAUAGUACUGCGUUGUUAUUGGGUGGGAUUUCAAUUCAAUAACUAAUUUGCUUCUUCUUACUCCAACUUGUCUUCGAAGAUCUGAAAGGUUUUCUAGGGUGGAAAGGAUUUGUGAGGAACUAGGCUACGCUUUGGCUACGUGACGGCUAGAUGGAGCUAUUGCUCUUUCACAAAACCUGUCCGGUCAUUUCAGUCAACAAAGACAGGAAGCAAAUUAUUGGAUUGGUAUCCAGCCCUACAUGGGAAUAGACAUGCGUUCAGUGGGUUGCUCCGAGGACAAUUCCACUAGUGUCGGGACACGUCCUGUUUUCGCAAGAACCACACACACACACACACAC